AAUCUUGUAAAAGUCAAUUGUCAAUGAACAAUCCAAUUCGUAGUUUCGGUCGCAUCGUAUGAUCGGGUACAUAUAUUAUUAAAAUAUACUUUAAAAAGAUCAUAAUUUCUUGAAGCUUACCGUGUAAAUUCCAAACAGGGGAGAAGUUUUUUGGUAGGAGGAUAUCAGCUCUAUGACGCGUGUACAGUACUAAAAAGCACAAAAUGUCUUCUAAGGCUAUAUACGAGGCUGCUGGCAAGGAUCUUAUCAACAGACACAUAGAAGCAGGCACAGCUCUGGUGCCCUGUAGGUUCGCCGUCUUCGAACAGGGUACCGUGUGGGAGGAUGAGCUUGGAAAGAACCCGUGGCUCACCAAGGAGCAACUAGUGGUGAAGCCCGACCAGCUGAUCAAGAGACGAGGCAAGUUGGGACUGGUGGGUGUGAAUAAAACGGCGGCGGAGGUCAGGCGCUGGCUGGCCGAGCAUGACUCCAAGGAGCAGAAGGUCGGAGCGGCCGCGGGGAAGCUCAGGAGAUUCGUGGUGGAACCGUUCGUGAAGCACGAUCCGAGCGAGGAGAUGUACCUGUGCAUCCAAUCAGGCCGACGAGCGGACACCAUCAUGUUCCAUCACCAGGGCGGAGUGGACGUGGGUGAUGUGGACGCGCUGGCUCUCAGGAUGGAUAUCCCCGUGGACACUUUCCCAUCCAUCGAGGACAUUGAUCGUGUACUGUUGAAGAACAUCAAAGCCACAACAACAAAGAGGAUCCUGUCAAAGUUCAUCGUGAGCCUGUACCGCGUGUUCGUGAACCUGUACUUCACGUACAUGGAGAUCAACCCGGUGGUGGUGACCAACGAGCGAGUCUACCUCCUUGACCUGGCCGCCAAGUUGGAUCAGACGGCGGAUUUCAUAUGCGCCAAGAACUGGGGGGAGAUCACCUUCCCCCCGCCCUUCGGCAGGGACGCGUACCCCGAGGAAGCUCAUAUAGCUGAUCUGGACGCUAAGAGCGGGGCUAGCUUGAAGCUGACGGUGCUGAACAAGUCCGGGCGUAUCUGGACGAUGGUGGCGGGCGGCGGGGCGUCCGUGGUGUACACGGACACGGUCUGCGCCCUGGGCGGGGCGGCCGAGCUCGCCAACUACGGCGAGUACUCCGGGGCGCCCACCGAGAGCCAGACAGCCGACUACGCCAAGACCAUAUUCAGUCUCAUGUGCAGAGAGAAGCAUCCCAAGGGCAAGGUCCUGAUUAUCGGUGGAGGCAUCGCGAACUUCACGAACGUGGCGGACACCUUCCGCGGCAUCAUCACCGCCAUCGAGACGUACCGGGACGCUCUGCUACAGUACAACGUCACCAUCUUCGUGAGGCGGGGCGGCCCCAACUACCAGGAAGGGCUGAGACAAAUGCGUGAAGUGGGGCAGCGUCUCCGUAUCCCCAUGUACGUGUUCGGUCCGGAGAGCAACAUGACCGCCAUCGUGAGGCUGGCUCUGGGACACGCGGUCAUACCCAGCGACCACCAGCUCGACUACGCCCCAAAACAGCUGCCCAAGCCAGACACCGCUCCGUCCCCGCAGAUCGAGCUUCCAGAGCUGAGCCCGUCCCUGCUGGAGCUGGUGUGCUCGCAGGCGCCCACCAGGAGCGACCUCGGCCAGCAGCUGUCCACAGCCAGGCCGCUGUUCAGUGACAGGACCAAGGCUAUAGUGUGGGGAAUGCAGAACAGGGCUAUACAGGGUAUGCUCGACUUCGACUACGUGUGUCGCCGCAGUGAACCGUCAGUGGUGGCCAUAGUGUACCCCUUCACCGCUGACCACAAACAGAAGUACUACUUCGGCACUAAGGAAGUGUUUAUACCCGUGUUUAGUGACAUGGAUGUAGCUAUGAGGAAACACCAAGAGGCGACCGUCCUUGUUAACUUCGCGUCCCUCCGGUCAGCUUACGACAGCACCAUGCAGGCGAUGCAGCACCCACAGAUCAACACAGUCGUUAUUAUAGCGGAGGGCAUACCGGAGAAUAUGACGAGGAAGAUUAUCAAGCUAGCCGACGACAGAGGGGUGAAUAUAAUCGGUCCGGCCACAGUGGGUGGUAUCAAACCCGGAUGUUUCAAGAUUGGCAACACUGCCGGCAUGAUCGACAACAUUAUAGGCAGCAAGUUGUACAGACCUGGCAGCGUGGCGUACGUGUCCCGUUCCGGCGGCAUGAGUAACGAGCUGAACAACAUCAUAUCCAAGGAGGCGGACGGCGUGUGCGAGGGAGUCGCCAUAGGGGGCGACAGAUACCCGGGGACCACCUUCAUAGACCACCUGAUGAGGUACGAGGCGGAUCCUAACGUGAAGAUGCUGGUGCUCCUGGGCGAGGUGGGCGGAGUUGAGGAGUACCACGUGUGCCGCGCCAUCAAGGACGGGAGGAUCACGAAGCCGCUCGUCGCCUGGUGUAUAGGGACGUGCUCCGACAUGUUCACGUCUGAGGUACAGUUCGGGCACGCGGGUUCGCUCGCCGGCUCGGCUCUAGAGAAGGCCGCUGCUAAGAAUAAGGCAUUGGCCAAACACGGGGCGGUGGUGCCAGACUCGUUUGACACUCUGGGGGCGGCCAUUAAUAAGGUUUACAAGAAGCUCGUCUCCGAAGGCAAGAUAAUUGAGAAGGAAGAGGUCGGCCCACCAAAAGUACCCAUGGAUUACGACUGGGCUCGGAAACUCGGUAUAAUUCGUAAGCCGGCAGCGUUUGUGAGCACUAUAUGCGACGAGCGAGGCCAGGAGUUGAGCUACUGCGGCGUGCCCAUAACGUCCAUACUGGAGAAACAGAUGGGGGUCGGUGGUACCAUCAGCCUGCUGUGGUUCCAGCGCGAGUUGCCGGACUGGGCGUGCAAGUUCUUUGAGCUGGUGCUGAUAGUGACGGCCGACCACGGGCCCGCUGUCUCCGGGGCUCACAAUACGAUGGUCACCGCGCGGGCCGGCAAGGACCUAAUAUCGUCUGUGGUCUCCGGGCUGCUUACUAUCGGGGAUCGUUUCGGCGGUGCCCUGGACAGAGCUGCCGCGGAUUUCUGUGCUGCUUACGAUCGAGGGCAGCACCCCCAGGAGUUUGUUAACGAGAAACGUGCCAAGGGCGAACUUAUUAUGGGGAUCGGACAUCGCGUGAAGUCUAUCAACAACCCAGACUCGCGCGUUCGCGAGCUGAAGGCGUAUGUGACGUCACGCUGGCCCGCGUGGCCGGUGACGAGGUACGCCCUGGACGUGGAGGCGAUCACCACGAGGAAGAAGCCCAACCUGAUCCUGAACGUGGACGGCAUAGUGGCCGCCGCCAUGGUGGACCUGUUCCGACACUGCCAGCUCUUCUCGCAGGAGGAAGGUAACAGCUACAUCAGUAUGGGCUCUAUAAACGCGUUGUUCGUGCUCGGCCGCACUAUCGGCCUGGUCGGACACUACCUGGACCAGAAGCGUCUCAAGCAGCCUCUGUACCGUCAUCCCUGGGACGACAUCACCUACAUGUCCCCUCUCAACUAAGCAACGAGCAGAUUUCUGUUCAGAGAUGGCGCUGUCGGUAGAGGUAAUUUAGUGCUACAGAGCUUCGUCCACAGAUGGCGCUGUCAACAAAGUCUAAUAUUACAAAACUAUAGACGGUUCCAUCCAUAGAUGGCGCUAAUAAUAAUAUUAAAAUUCAAGAAUACUUUACGGCCUCAUCCAGGAUGUCGCUGUAAAUAAAUUUUACCUUUCGAGAGUCUGACAGCUCCGUCGACAGAUGGCGCUAAUUGUUACUUCGAAUUUGAACAAGAGAUGGCGCUGUCACUGGAAGCAUUCAACCCUAUUUUUAUAUAAAUUAUUCACUGUUGGAACAUAAAAAUAUUUAUUGACGAUGGACAGCGCCAUCUGUUAUAUAUCAUUUCGUAUAGAAUUUAAUAGAGAGAAAUAGUUUUGGGAUAACAAAUGUAGUUUGUAAUGCAAUGUUAUUUAUCACGUCCGUUAGAGCUACAUAAUAAAAUGAGUACAUUCCGUGAGCUCCACGUGCUUGUGUUUAAGAGUAAUGCUUCUCUGAUGAUGCACGCAGAACGCAGAUUACAAGGAAUAAAUGAACACAUUAUAUGACAGAGUGAAUAUUAUAUAAUUAAGGUCACAAAUAAGUUAUUGUUCUAGACUUUAACAGUACGGAGGAAACAAAAAAAAUAUUUAAAAAAAUAAAGAAUUUUGAACUAUUGUAAUGUUUUGAGGGUAGUCCGGCUAUAAAAUAUCCUACACACAUGUUCGUAAAACAGUUUUCUGCUUCCUAUAAUUUUAAUUUACUUAAUACUCAAAAGUGAAUAACGCUCGGUUACAAGCAAACCCAAGAAUAUAUCCUUUGAAUUUGUAAAAGACGUUGAGAUUGUUACGUAUAUUUCCAAGCCGAUUUUUUACUUGUAAAUUAAUGUCAGGUAACUGUAUAUAAGACACAGCAGCGGACUACCCUCUGUAGUUGUAAGUCUAUUGAUUUUUUUUAAAACUAUAAUUUAUUGGUAUAGUUGUGACGGUUGGUAGGUAUCUGUAAAUAUUGGAAUAUGACAAAACAUAUUUGAAUAUAUAUUAUUUUUUAAUUAUUAUAAUUUUGUUUUAUUGCUCAUUUGAAAUAAAAGUUUUUAAGAAA